CGGAGGGAAGAAGGCUACAGAAGGAUGCACGGCCUGCCCCGUGCUGGUCCGCACUGUCCGCCGCCUGAACCCGUGCCGCCCACCCGCCCGAACUCAUGACGCGCUCACCCGGCCUCAUGGUGCCCCUGCUGGGCCUGAGCCUGGGACUGGCCCUGAGCCUGUCCGAAGCUGUGGCAGCCGACUGCGGUUCCCUCGGGCGCGUGGAGCACCUGGCAUUCGCUCCGGUGCCCAGGACACGAGAGCUGGCCCCUCUUGUCCGCGCGUCGGGGCCCCUGAACUCCCUCUAUGGCACCGUGCGACGAUUCCUCUCCGUGGUUCAGCUUAACCCCUUCCCGGCAGAGUUGAUAAAGACCCUGCUGAAUGACCCAUCUUCUGUGAAGACAGAUGAGGUGGUUCGAUAUGAGGCAGGCUACGUGGUGUGUGCUGUGAUUGCUGGCCUCUACCUCCUAUUGGUGCCCAUCACUGGGCUCUGCUUCUGUUGCUGUCGCUGCCGCCAGCGCUGUGGGGGCAGAGUGAAGACGGAGCACAAGGCCAUGGCCUGUGAACGUGGCACCCUCAUGACCUUCCUGCUGCUGACCACCCUUGUGCUUCUGAUUGGUAUGGUCUGUGCUUUUGCUACUAACCAACACACACAUAAUCAGAUGGGGCCCAGUGUGAAAGCUGUCCCUGAGACCCUGCUCAGCCUAAGGGGCCUGGUCUCUGAUGUCCCUGAAGAGUUGCAGGCCAUUGCUGAACAGUUCUCCGUGCCUCAGAAGCAAGUCUCAAAGGAGCUGGAUGGUGUUGGUGAGAACCUUGGGAACAUAAUUCAUAACCAGCUCAAGAGCACAGUGUACCCGGUGCUAGCCUCAGUGCACAGCCUGGGCCAGGCCCUGCAGGUCUCCAUAGACCACCUUCGAGCCCUGAACACCACCUCAGUGGAACUGCAGGAGGCUCAGCGGCACCUGGAGCCACCUGUACAGGCACACCGGGAACGCCUGCUCGCCCUGCUUCAGGACAGCUGGUGCCACGAGGAGAAUUGCAAGCGGGUGCUCAGCCAGGCCAGUGCUCUGCAACUGGGCGCUGACUUUAGCCAGACGCCCCCUGUGGAUGAUGUCCUGCAUCGGCUGAAAGAUGUCCCAGAAACCAACUUCUCCAGCAUGGUCCAGGAGGAGAGAGCCACCUUCAAUAACCUCCCGCUCCUGGUUCAAGUGCAGGCGGUCAGUGUGGUCAAAGAUGUGAAAAAGGCACUGGCUGAGCAGCCUGAAAGGUUGAGGAUGCUGGCCCAAGCGUUCCCAGGUUCAGAGGCAGCCUCCCGCUGGAGCCAGGCACUGGAGGGGCUGGAACAGUGCAGCCGCCCCUACUUGCAGGAGGUGCAACAAUAUGAGACAUACAGGUGGAUUUUGGGAUGUGUGCUGUGCUCUGCCAUCCUGCUUGUGGUGAUCUGUAACCUGAUGGGCCUCAGCCUGGGCAUCUGGGGGUUGUUUGCCAGGGAGGACCCCAGCCACUCUGAAACCAAGGGCGAGGCUGGAGCCCGCCUCCUCAUGGCAGGUGUGGCCUUCAGCUUCCUCUUCGCAGUCCCCCUCAUCCUCCUUGUCUUCGCCACUUUCCUGGUGGGUGGCAAUGUGCAGACGCUGGUGUGCCGGAGCUGGGAGAGUGGAGAGCUGUAUGAGUUUGCAGACACCCCAGGAAACUUGCCACCAUCCAUGAACCUGUCCUAUCUUCUUGGCCUGAAGAAAAACAUCAGCGUCGUCCAGGCCUAUCAACAGUGUAAGGCAGGGGCAGUACUCUGGAAGGUUCUACAACUCAAUGACUCCUAUGACCUGGAUAAGCACCUGGAUAUCAAACAGUAUACCCACAAGAUUCAGCAGGAUCUUCAGAGCUUCCAAGUAGAUUUGAAGGAGCUAGACCUGUUGAGACCCACUGCCCGUCAGGACCUGGAGGCUUUGCAGAGGAGCGGGCUGGAGAAAAUCCACUACAGAGGCUUUCUUGUGCAGAUCCAGAAGCCUGUGGUGAACACUGACAUGUGGCAGCUGGCGCAGGAGCUGGAAGGACUGGCCCAGGCCCAAAAUGACUCUUUACUGAGGCAGCAGCUACAGGAGGAGGCCAGAGAACUUCGAAGCCUCUACCAGGAGAAGGUUGUCCCCCAGGAGAGCCUUGUGACCAAGCUCAACUUCAGUGUCAAGACCUUGGAGUCCUUGGCCCCAAGUCUGCAGGUGAAUAUCUCAGACUUUCUUGACAGUGUCGUCCGUCUAAAAGGAGAGCUGCCUGUGCAGAUCAACCACAUCCUGAGGAAUGCCACUGAGUGUUUCCUGACCAGGGAAAUGGGCUACUUCUCUCAGUAUGUGACCUGGGUGAAAGCAGAGGUGACUCAGCGCAUCGCCACCUGCCAGCCCUUCUCUACAGCCCUGGACAAUGGUCAUGUGAUCCUGUGUGACAUGAUGGCUGACCCCUGGAAUGCCUUCUGGUUCUGCCUGGGGUGGUGCGCCUUCUUCCUCAUCCCCAGCAUCAUCUUUGCUGUCAAGACCUCCAAAUACUUCCGUCCCAUCCGGAAACGCCUCAGCUCCGCCAGCUCUGAAGAGACACAACUUUUCCAUAUCCCCAGGGUCACCUCUCUGAAGCUAUAGAACCCACCGGGCAAGGUGAUUCCUGGGGGCUUCCUGUCCUUUGUCCUUGUCUCAGCCUGGACCAGAAGACAUCUGUAACCUCUGUCCCAGAGCCCAGGCUGGCCUCUAGUGCUGGGCUGUCCCCUCCUCUUCUUUAGCUUACCCAGUUCACAUUUGCACUUUCUCCUUGUAGCCCAAAUCACUCCCAGUCUUUACAGAGCUAACAGGUUCUUCUGCGUGUCUAUCCUUGUCCUCCUCACUGUGGUAUCUCAGCAACAGGAAAGGCCUCUUCACCACCCAUGGGAGUUCUUUCUCCAGCACCCUCCAUUUGCCUUGUUUCUUUCCCCCCUCUACUAUCUAAGCUCCUUUUCCCCUUGUCUAAGUUUGGUCCCCCCACCUGCCCCAACAUCCUUCUUGCUCCCUUCCCCAGACCAUUGCUUGCUCUCUCCAUGGAGGUCCUGCCUCCUCCCCUUGUUCCCUUUACCUUGCCCUUACUGCCACCUUGCUGGCUCCCAGGCCUCCCUGCACAGAACAAACAUCAAGGUUGAGGUUGUGACCUUUGAGCCUUCUGCAGCUCUCUUCUGAAUCUCCUGUUACCAGUGGGGCAAGACAGGCCUGUCUGAGGGCUGAGCUGUCCUGUCUGCAUUCUGGGUUAGAAAUACCAGUGCUGAACAUUGGCUCCUAAGAGAGAACCAGGGAUGUGGGCCACGCUGGGGCUCCCCCUUGCCUUGGAGACAGUAGCAUGGGUGGUCCCACUGUCUUCCCAGGAUGGAUCUGGUAGUAAGAACAGGGCUUUGCACUUCCCCUGCCAUACUGCACAUAUGGCCUGGGACCACCCCUCGCUUAUCUCUGGAUGGUCCCUAUGUGCUGGGCAUUAAGUCCAGAAAGGACAAAGAAAAGGGAGACAAUAUGGACCGAUCUCUGCUCCAAUCACAGGUUCUUACUUUCCCAUAUUUUGGUUCUGGGUCCCUGAAGCUGGGUCUCUAAGGCAAAGGCUCAGCAUACAAUUUGGUGUUUAAUGAGCAUUUGUGGGAAGAACUGCAAGGCCUCUCUAACUGCAGGCAUCCUGGGACUGCUAUAGAAAUUCAGUGGGAGGAGCAGAGCCUGCCUUAGCCAUGUGAUUCACGGCCUGGUGCUGCUCGCUGGGGUACCUCAAACGCGUGACAUAGGCCCCCAGCCUCGAUUAAUUUUAUUAUAAAAUGGAGAGGUUCCUCAGGGCCUGUGUGCAGGGUUGUGAAAGUCAAACACGGUGAUGGGCAGAACCCCUGACAGGCCUGGUGCCAAGCAAGUACAAUUUGUGCAGCCCAGGAGUUGAGAGCCAGGCUGAGGGCAGAGCCAGGGUUUGGUGUGAAGAGGAUGAGUGCCCUUUAUGGUGGUAAUCCUCCCUAUCUCUGGGCAUGUUGAUGUGGAAUUACAUUAUGAAUGUACAAGCACCAGUUUUGCUGCUAGGACUAAGGAUGGUGGUACCCAAUGUACAAACGUACAAAGACUCCAGCAAGCACACUCUCAAACAGGCAUCCUGGGAUGUGCUUUCUACCCCCAGAAGUUGGAAGGUUUUGUUUUGUUGUUUGUUUGUUUUCAGUUAUUAUUGAUUUGUUAACUUGGGGGUGAGGAAGUGACACCCUGUA